UUUGUGGGUGGGUAGCGAAGGGAACGAUUAUUGGUCAAUCUGUCUCACUGUCUUAACAAUGGGACGAAAGAUCCUGGGAUUUACAAAGCUACAAAAACAAACCCCAAAUGACUGAAUCACGCUGUGAAUUGUCUAAAUGUCAGGAACAAUGGCAUGGAACUUUGUGACCACCUGCUUGGCAGGUACUUUAUUCUACUUUUUCUAAGCAACUAUUUCUUUGUGGUAGGCGGGCAGCAUCGCCCUACCCUGAGUUAAUAGGCAGUGGAAAUUCAGCAAGUUUCUAUUCCUUUCAGAGGAGAAAAUAGAAUGUUGUUUUUCUGUGGUGCUACAAGGAUCGGUCAGCCUUCCAAUAUUUUAACAUUGGAAUUCUUGGGUUUGUUGCACUUGAUUCCCCCGGAGUUCUUUCCUUACUGGUCAAGAUCGAAGCUUUCUCUUAAGUAUGCUAGGUAAAAUAGCAUCCGAAUGCUGCCUUGAAAUGUGCAAGAUGAUAUGUGGUAUCUCUUUAAAGCAGAGUUGGAGUAAGUGGGCGGGUGGGGGUUGGAUUUGCGUCUCUGUGUUCUCAGCUGCUCCAAUGUCACAGAAGCUGUUGCUUUUCCUCUCGGCGUUGCCAGCCCGUCAGCUGAUGAGCCGCUUCACCCCACACACGUAGUGGCGUAUGCAGAAACAUACCCCCACCCACCUUUAACUGACCAUUGCCCAUUUCCUUCCCUCUCCGUUGACGCCGGUAGCAUCUUUCUUCCCAAUUUGCAGAAGCAAACCGGACUCUGGUUGCGCCCUGUCCGGGGGCUCGGCCAGGACCGGGGAAUAGUCCUUUGUUUACAUGCAAUCCCGGUCCCGGCGGAAGGAGGCGGCGGUGCUGCGAAGGCACCAGCUGUUUCCCGCCAUUUACAACCAUCUGAUAGAGCGAUCAGCUGGAAACACACACAGAGAACCAGAACUCAGCCAGCCUUUUAUUUAAGACGAUUAUUAUUAUUUGUGCACAAUUAUUUUCUCCAGGUGCAAGACAUGGAAUAUUUCGUGGUGCCGACUCAAAAGGUACCUUCAUUCCAGGAUUUCAGGAAGAGUGAGAAAGAAGUGAUAGGAGGUCUUUGUAGUCUGGCUAAUAUCCCACUGACCCAGGAAUCCCAGAGAGACCAGGAAAGGAGGAUACGGAGAGAGAUUGCCAACAGCAACGAGCGCCGCAGAAUGCAAAGCAUCAACGCUGGGUUCCAGUCCCUGAAAACACUGAUACCCCACACGGAUGGCGAGAAACUCAGCAAGGCAGCCAUUUUGCAGCAAACAGCAGAAUAUAUCUUUUCGUUAGAGCAAGAGAAAACCCGGUUACUUCAACAGAACUCUCAGCUGAAGCGUUUCAUUCAGGAGUAUAGUGGUUCCUCCCCUAAGCGGAGACGAGCAGAGGAUAAGGAUGAAGGGAUUGGCUCCCCAGAUGUUUGGGAGGAUGAGAAGCUGGAGGACCUGAAAAGGGAAAUGAUUGAACUUCGGCAGCAGUUGGACAAGGAGCGUUCAGUCAGGAUGAUGUUGGAGGAACAGGUUCGUUCACUGGAUGCCCACAUGUAUCCUGAGAAAUUAAAGGCCAUUGCACAACAAGUACAGCUGCAGCAACGGCAUCAGGAACAAACCAAGAUCCUUCAACAGGAGGAGCAACAGGAACCCGAAUCCCAACUUAUGACGCAGCUCCUGCCAGCGCAUGUUUUCCCAGCAUCAACCCACCAUCCAACUGUCAUUGUGCAGACUCCACCCCCACCGGCUUCGCAUCAAGUUACCGUGGUGACAAUGGGACCAUCCUCAGUCAUCAAUAGCCCUUCCACUACAUCGAGACAGAACCUAGACACCAUUGUGCAGGCAAUCCAGCACAUUGAAGGAACGCAAGAGAAGCAGGAAGAGGAGCAGCGGCGGGUAGUCAUUGUCCAGCCUACCCGUGUUUGGUCAGGCGCUGAAUCGGAGAGAGAAGCGACAGAAGCACUUGUGCCGCGUGAUGAGAAGGGGCCCAUGGAGAGGGUUCUCCCGUGACACUACAACUAUACCAGGCCGGGAUUAAUUCAAACAUCGUUCCCAAUGUUCUUCUCUCAAAAGGAAAAAAAAUUUUGGUCUCUUUUUGACCUUCCCAAUACUGUAAACAGUCUCAGUCUGGAAUGAGAGUUUAUCAAAAAUCUGGACCAUACCAGAAGGGAUGUAAAAUCCUUUCUUGUGCUCAUGACUACCUUGGAAUUCAUAGCUGAAGUGUUGCUGAGGGACAUUUUAGCAUCCUUUUAUUUUUUUACGUUUUGGGGAGGGGUGGGCGUUUCAAGCACUUACCAAUUUGUUCAGUCCAGUGGGGGUAACUUCCUCCCAGUGAGAACUGUGGGCCCCACUUCUACAAUCACUGCCCCCACCCCCACUUGUACUGAUGUAGAUGAUUUUUAAGCAAUGUCCUUUCAUGUAGUUAGUUUGUUAGUUCCUUCCAUUUUUCCCUGUAUCCAUAAUCGAGUUUUACGUUGAUACAAGGUUUGUGUUCAUUGGAAAAACUUCUAUUUUGUUAAGAAAGUGGGGAAAAAAGGCACUUGCCUUGCAGAGAGAAAUAAAGUUUGUACUUUGUUUUUUUUUAA